AUGUCGGGGAAGGACAAGCAGCCGGGCCCGGGCCUCGGGACGGUGAUGCUGCAGUCCGGUGCCGCAGCAUGUUGGGCGGAGUUCGUGACGCUGCCGCUGGACACGGCGAAGGUGAGGUUGCAGUUGCAGGGGAUGGGCAGCGACAAGGAGACCACGCACUUCAAGUACAGAGGUCCGUUUCAGACGGUGAGUCUCAUCGUCCGCGAGGAAGGCGUGCGCGCGCCCUUCCGGGGCCUCGUUCCAGGACUGCACAGGCAGUUCCUCUUCACGGGCCUGCGCCUCGGCCUCUACGACACGGUGAAGCGCACCUUCGGUUGCGGCCCCGAGGUCGAGGACCCGUCCACCACGCGCAAGGUUGCCGCUGCGGCAACGACGAGCUGUCUCGGCAUCGCCGUGGCGAACCCGGCCGACGUGGCCAAGGUGCGGUUCCAGGCGCAGCGCGCCGGCGCCGAGACCGCGGACGGCAAGGCGUACACCGGCGUGAUCGAGGCGUACAAGCGCAUCGCGCGCACGGAGGGGGUGGGGGGGGGACUCUACCGCGGCCUCGCGGCCAACCUCCUGCGGUCGGCGAUCAUCUCUUCGGCGGAGCUCGUGACGUACGACGUGGCCAAGCUGCAGCUGUUGAAGAUGGGCGCCCAGGACGGCAUCAGCACGCACAUCUCCAGCGCCUUCCUUGCGGGGCUGGUCGCGACGACGCUCGGGUCGCCCGCGGACGUGCUGGGGACGCGGCUGGUGGCGAACCGCGGGAAGGAGGCGCCGGGGCUGUGGGAGAUCGCGGUGAAGGUCGUGCGGGAGGAGGGGGUGUCGGCGCUGUGGAAGGGGUUCAUUCCCAACUUCGCGCGCAUCGGGAGCUUCAACGUGGUGCUCUGGCUCACCUACGAACGGCUCAAGCUCGUCAUGGACGACUACCCGCCCGCGGACGGCGUCGCGGCGUGA